AUGGCUCCACAUGCUUUAGUUGAAGAUGUUAAAUCAUCGAGCUUUGAAACUAGUUCGGCAACAUUCAAUCCAUUUGGUAUAAUUACUGAUCCCCACGAUAUUAAAGGUUCAACUUAUACCUCAGCAUUAUGUAUAAUAAACCAAGCAAUCUAUAGUAUUGCUUCGAAAAUUUUCAGCUAUGAAACUACUGGUGCUGAUAAUUUAAUAGACUCAAACAUUCAAUUAUGGUUAUAUCAUCAACGUUUAAAUGCUUUCGGAAUUUUGCCAUUUUAUAACAAAUUUGAAGUUAGAUUUGGUGCUUCAAAUGCAAUAUUAGGUUACUUCAAGAAGAAUGGUACUAAUGGACAACCAUUAGCAACAAUUUUAGGUACAAAAGGGUUAAAUUAUAUGAGAAAUUCAUUAAAUGGACAAAAUACACCUUUGAGCUUAAAUGUCUCAGCAGUUGAUUUCAUUAAUAAUUCAUUAGUAUCAAAUUAUGGAGAAGCUUUGAAUAUUGCAAGAAGUUUAAAUUUCCCAGUUUUCACUCCAGUUGACACAGGUGUCGAAUUACAACAUUUGACUAUUUUAAAUCAUUUUUACGCUUUUUUAACAGGCAAACCUUCUAUUUUUUUAUUUGAUGGUGUUGACUUUAAUAAAACUUUUACCAAAUUCCAUAACUUAUUAUCCGAGAAGGAAAUUGGACAAUUGUAUCAAGAUUUAUUAGAGAAGAGUGGUGAUGUUACAUCAAUCGAUGCAGCUUUUGAAUUAUUAAACAAUUUAACAGGUAAAAACUACUCACAAUUUGAGUAUGUUGGUGCUACUAAUCCAAAAACUGUUUUUGUCAUUUAUGGUUUUGAACAAACCAAACAAAUAAAUAAUUUAUUAAAUGACGAACUUGGAUUAAUAAAAAUCCGUGUUCCAGUACCAUUUAAUCAAGAGAAAUUCAUAAAGUCUAUUCCAGAUUCAACUCAAAAAUUGGUCAUUUUGUCAUCAAACGAUAAUUUAAAAGCUGACAUUACUGCAGCAUUGUUCAUUGGUGGUAAAUAUCAUUCAUUAUCAAUUGAGGAAUUCAAUUAUCCACUAGAGUUCAUAUGGAGUAAACAUACCACAGCUAAGUUGUUAUUAGAAUUUUCGGAGUCUAGUGUCGAUAAAUUAAUUGCAGUUGAACCUGAAGAUAAUGAUGAAAUUAUUACCGCAAAUACAUCUCCAGAAGGUAAAUUUUUAUUAUGGGGUAAAGACAAUGGUGUUAUCUCGAAAAUUGCAAAUAAAAUUGCUUUAUCGUUAUCAUUAGAUAAUCUGAAAAAUGUUUUGAUUAGAAAUAAAUUUGAUAAUUCUCAAAUUGGUGGUAUUUUCCAGUCUCAAAUUAGUUCUUCAACCUCAAAACCAGAUUAUAUCGAUUCAGCUGAUGUUGUAAUAAUUGAAGAUUUAUCUUUAUUAAAUUCCUUCGAUAUAUUAGCUACUGCUAAACCAGGUGCAAAAAUUUUGUAUAUUAGUCAAAAAUCAAUUGAUAUCGAAAAAAUACCAGCUAAUUUUAAGAGAGAUUUAGCCAAAAAUUAUAAUAAAUUAAUUGCAAUUGAUUUCUCAAUUUUAGAUUCAUUAACUGAUAAAGAAUUUGCAGAUCAAUUUUUAGCUCAAUUAGCAUUUUGGAGAGCUACAUUACCUGAACUAGGUGAUUUUAUUGUCAAUAAAUUAUUGCAAGCCAAUGGAAAUGAUUUUGAGUUAUUAGGUACAGUUUUAGAUAAUUUUAUUAAAACAGUUGAUGAUAGAAAUGGAAUUAAAGAAAUUGAAGUUAAUCCAGAAUGGAUUAAUUUAGUUGAUGAAAAAAAUCAAGAAGAGACAAAAGAAGAAGAAAAAGGAAAUAUUAAAGAAGCUGAAAAAAUUGCAGAAGAAAUCAUAGAAGAAGAAGCUUUACCAUUUUUCCCAACAGAAACCUCAUUUUUUCCGAAUCCAAGAACAUCACUCGAAUCAAUUGAAGAAAUAAACAAUACUAAAUUUAAAAGUCUUGCACAAAAAGUUGCAUUUCCUGAAGCCUUUAACGUUUCUCGUAAUUUAAGACCAGAUUUACCAGUUAAAAAUUUUAUUGUCAAAGUUCAAGAAAAUAGACGUUUAACUCCUGCUGAAUAUUCAAGAAAUAUUUUUCAUAUCGAAUUUGAUAUCACUGGAACUGGUUUAACUUAUGAUAUCGGUGAAGCUUUAGGAAUUCAUGGUGUUAAUAAUAGUCAAGCUGUUGAGGAAUUUUUAGACUUUUAUAAUAUUAACGGAGAUUCAUUACUUGAGAUUACAAAUAAAGAUCAACCUGAUGUAUUGGAAAUUAGAUCUGCAAGACAAGCAUUAAGAGAAACGUUAGACUUUUUGGGUAAACCACCCAAAAGAUUUUAUGAAUCUUUAGCAGAGUAUGCAACUGAUGAAAAAGAAAAGACGAUUUUAACGAGAUUGGCAAGUGCUGAAGGUGCUGAAGAAUUGAAGAAAAGACAAGAUGUUGAUUUUGAUUCAUAUUUUGAUAUUUUGAAAGAAUUCAAAUCAGCAAGACCUUCGUUUGAAGAGCUUGUUAAAAUUAUUGCACCUUUGAAAAGAAGAGAGUAUUCUAUUGCCUCGUCUCAAAAAAUUCACGAAAACUCAGUUCAUUUAUUAAUUGUAGUUGUUGAUUGGAUUGAUGCAAAAGGUAGAUUAAGAUAUGGUCAUUGUUCGAAAUAUCUAUCCGAUUUGGAGAUUGGUGAUGAAUUAGUUGUUAGUGUGAAACCUUCAGUCAUGAAAUUACCUCCACUAUCAACCCAACCUAUUGUUAUGUCUGGUUUAGGAACUGGUUUAGCUCCAUUUAAAGCUUUUAUUGAGGAAAAAAUUUGGCAAAAAGAGCAAGGUUUCGAAAUUGGUGAGAUUUAUUUAUACUUGGGUUCAAGACAUAAAAAUGAAGAAUAUCUUUAUGGUGAAUUAUGGGAAGCUUAUAAAGAUGCAGGAAUCUUGACUCAUAUUGGUGCUGCAUUUUCAAGAGAUCAACCUGAAAAGAUUUAUAUUCAAGAUAAAAUUAGAGAGUCAAUUGAAGAUUUAACGGAAGCAAUAGUUAAUAAAAAUGGAUCAUUUUAUUUAUGUGGUCCAACAUGGCCUGUUCCUGACAUCACUGCUUGUUUAGAAGAUAUUGUCAAGAAGGGAGCAAAAUUAAAUGGCCACGAAAUUAAAGAUGUUGCAAAAGUUGUCGAAGACAUGAAAGAAGACGGCAGAUAUAUUUUAGAAGUUUAUUAG